AAACCCUGUGCAGGGAGCGCCGCCAUCUUGGGCUAGCCCGAGGAAGAUCCUGAGGGAGCCGCCGCAGCAGUCGCCGGUGCCACCGCUACUGCCGCCAGCGGGUCUACACCUCUUCGGCCAGCCCGCCUACCCGCGGGGCCUCGGCCGACCGCCCCGCCUCCUCUCCCUGCGUCUGCUCUCGUCUUCCUCGUCCUGACGGCCCCCUCCCGCCCGGAAAGCUGCCCAGCCACCAGCAACCCCCCAGUAUCUUACCUUAGAAUAGGAAAAAGGAAGACCUCUUAUGUGUAUUGUUGGCUACAGCGAUUGAUGCUUUCUGCCCUCCUUGCCUACUGAAAUUAUGCCACCAUGGCAACUGCACCGUACAACUACUCUUACAUCUUUAAGUAUAUUAUUAUUGGGGACAUGGGAGUAGGAAAAUCUUGCUUGCUUCAUCAAUUUACAGAAAAAAAAUUUAUGGCUGAUUGUCCUCACACAAUCGGUGUUGAAUUUGGUACAAGAAUAAUUGAAGUUAGUGGCCAAAAAAUCAAACUGCAGAUUUGGGAUACAGCAGGACAGGAGCGGUUUAGGGCUGUUACACGAAGCUACUACAGAGGUGCUGCGGGAGCACUUAUGGUGUAUGAUAUCACUAGAAGAAGUACAUAUAACCACUUAAGCAGCUGGUUGACAGAUGCAAGAAAUCUUACUAAUCCAAAUACUGUAAUAAUUCUCAUAGGAAAUAAAGCAGAUUUGGAGGCACAGAGAGAUGUUACAUAUGAAGAAGCCAAACAGUUUGCUGAAGAAAAUGGCUUAUUGUUCCUUGAAGCAAGUGCAAAAACGGGAGAGAACGUAGAAGAUGCGUUCCUUGAGGCUGCCAAGAAAAUCUAUCAGAAUAUUCAGGAUGGAAGCCUGGAUCUGAAUGCUGCCGAGUCUGGUGUACAACAUAAACCCUCAGCUCCACAGGGAGGCCGGCUAACCAGUGAACCCCAACCCCAGAGAGAAGGCUGUGGCUGCUAGUGACCUCUUUGCCAUGGCCCCUCAUUUGACCUU